AAAUAACGGGCUGUGUUGUUGUGACUCGUUGGGUUGAGUCAGCUGACGAGGCGGCGAGAAAGAGGCUCUCUUGGCACAAUGCAUGGUCGCCUGAAAAUAAAAACAACAGCUGAGCAGGCAGCUGAGAAGCAGAAGGAGAGAGAGGAAAAGAGGAAACUCUAUCUUGGGGGCUUAACAAAGGCUUUUGAUAAGGUUGUACAGUUGAAGGAACUGUCAGAGGGUGAGCACUCCAUUGCAAUCAGCUUUAAUUCCUGCAGCAAGAAAAGCUUGACUGUGUCCCCUGGAGCAACCUCCGUAGUGUGGAUGACAGAGCUUGAGGAGGAUCUAACAGGUCUCACCAGAUCGACGUUGGAAGAAGUCAAGCAGAACUGUAUAACUUUAGAUGAGUUGGACCCUGGUAACAAAUGGGUGUUAUUAACCAUAGUAGAUGUGAUGUGGGCUCUGGACUCCUACAGCCAUCAAGAAAAGAUCAGCAGUUACCUUUCACAACUUCAGGACCUUGAUCCACUUCGCACAAAAUAUUAUGCAGAUAUGAAGAGCAAGCUGUCCAUGGAGACAGCUCUGAAGAAACAUCGUUUAACAACUGAAAAUGAUGCUCAGUUCAGGCUAAAUGGAAGAAGCCUUACCCGAAUAGCCUUCAGUCACCUACUAGCCUGCAGCAAAUCUGUUGACCUGAGUUGUAAUGAACUGUCUUCAAUACAGCCAUUAAAGUCACUUGUAGCAUGUAAGGAGCUGCUUCUAGAUGACAACCAAAUUGUAGAUAUUACUCCACUAGCAUUUCUCAAGAGACUGGAAAAGCUCUCUUUGUCCAAAAAUAAAAUUGACUCACUUGAUCAACUCAAGCCUUUACAAGGAAUUGUUACAUUGAAGGAGUUAACCUUGAGCAGUAACAACAUAUGUAAUAUUGAAAAUAUUGAUGAGCAGGUUAAGGAAUUCUUACCACAGGUUCAAAGAGUUAUUUGGUGAAGUACAUUCUUUAUAGAUAUGGUGUGAAAAAGAAGAGGUUAUAGAUGAACAGAUCUAUAAGUACACAAUGGAAAGUUUUGUGGACUAAGGUUCCAUUUUUGCGCAAAGUCUAAAGAUUAUAGAACUAGAUGUAGUAUAUGCAUUUGAAAAAUCUGAACUUUAUAAUUCACUAAAUCAGGGAAUUUUUUAUUUUUUACCUAUCUCUAAAUUUAGAAUUUAAAUUAAAUUUGGAGCGGAUUCCAUAGCUAGAAUGGAACUAAGUAAUUACCAAAAGCAAAAUAUAAUUUUCACCAAUUUUGUUUAUUGAAACCUUUUUUUACACUUUCUAUGGGCCAUUUAGAAUUGUUGAUUUUUUUGUUAAGAUAGUGUUGCAGUAAUAAUUCCAUUUAUAUUAUGUUCUAUGUGUAUGAUAUUUGUUUGUUUAAUUUUUUAUCUCCAGGCUGGAAUAGGGCCAGGUAGCAUGCUUUCAGAUAUGUGAUAUGUUUAAAUAUCUUUCCAACUUUAUCAAAAUUGUAUUUAUUAUAAUAUGUAUACAUUUAAUAAUAUUAAAGAGAAACAGUUAC